AUGCCUGAACAGUCGAAGGGCAAUUCUUCUUCAAAGAAGCCAAGAACCCAUCAUUGGUUUGGAUCCAAAUCCAAAGUCUCAGCAAAUAUAGACUCGAAGAACGAUACGGCUUCUCCUCGACAACGCCGUCGUAAUUCGGAUCCUCUUCCUACAUCCGCCAACGAGAGUACCCUAGAAGAGAAUACCCAACCGAUUCGGCGCUCAAAGACCGAGCUGUUUAAGCAGAAAGCACCCAAAUAUGCUUUCGUGGCCCUGAAGUUGGGAUUGGUGAUUGGCACGUUGGUGGCUCAGUUGGCUUGA